GUCUUCUAGAAACCAAAUGGCUUCUGGACCAGACCCUGGCGGCCGUUCUAGGUUUGCUAAACUCGGAAUGGCAAUAAACGAAGAAUUGACCCAGGCUUGUAGAGAUGUCUUAGAAAUGGAAGUACCUCCUGGUCUUGUCUACAACAAAGUGAAAACAUCCUCAAUUUAUAAAAACAUACGCCCCGAUCAAGAAAUUCGUCUUAUAGGCGCCAAAACAGAUGGUUAUAAAGAAUUUGAUAUUACAUUGUUAUAUACAUUGAUACGAAACGUAUGUACAAAGAUUCCACGUCCAACAAAAGGUUGGGGUGGAAACACGAUGCCGUCUGUAGGAGAAAUAACGAUUGGCGAUGACGUUGAGAGGAUACGAUUGAUAAGAAACAGCAUGUUUGGACACAUAAACUCGGCUUCUACCUCACAGUCAGAGUUUGAUGACACGUGGUCAGUCAUAACUGAUAUCUGUCAAAGACUGCAAACGUACACAAACAAAGACUAUUUAUCUGCACUUAGUAUAAUUCAAAGACACGUCUUAGAAGAGGAAAAUGAAAAGGCUAUAAUUGAAAAACUUGAAGCCGAUUAUAAAAUUAAUACAGAUCUUAUGGAAAAGAUGUCUUCUUUGGAAUCACUUUUGCAAGGACUACCAAUAGUAGAUGAGAUUCUCAAAGACUGGCGAGAAGAGAACAUUGCUUUUAUUCCUACGAACGCAGUUAGGACCGUCGAGGAAAAGCUUAAAAGUCAUAACAUAGUCAUAGUGAUCGGAAAUUCUGGAUCUGGUAAAUCUGCGAUUAUUCAGCAUAUUGCACUCAAGCAUAAGGAUCAGGGCAGUAAUGUUAUACCAGUGGAUGAAGUAAGAGAAAUAAAAGAGAAAUAUUCGUAUUCGGCAGAAAAUGAGACCCUUUUUGUAUUCAAUGAUCCUUUAGGUAAAGAAUCUUUAGAUGAGAUAUUGUAUACCUUAUGGAAAAAUUAUCAAAAAACGGUAGAGAUUUGCUUGAAGAAGGUCAAAUUAUUGGUGUCCUGUAGAAGAUGCGUUUUCUAUGACAAGAGAGUGAAGGGCAUUUUGUUCGACGAAUCCACCAUAGUAGAAAUUGACAACGAGGAAAAUCGACUGAUAGAUGUAGAGAAACGAGCAAUCCUCAAUCAAUACACACAGAAUCUAGACCUUUCUGAGGAUAUUGUUUUUGAAAUAAUCAAAACAGAAGCAUAUUUCCCGUUGCUUUGUAAGCUUUUUUCUAGGUCAAAUUACAAGGAAAAUUGUCUUGACUUCUUCAAAUCUCCGAAGAGGUUCAUUAAAGAAGAAAUUGAAAUUUGGAAAAGAAAAUACAAGAAGAAAUUCUGUGCUCUUAUUUUAGUUGUAGCAUUUAAAAACAAUCUAAAAGUAGAAGCAAUUGUUAGGAAUGAUGAUUCUAAGAAGAAAUAUAAAGAAAUUUUAGGAAUGUGUGAAUUACCAGAAAACACAAAUGUCUCGGUCUUCCGCAGUACUCUCCAAGAACUUACAGGAUCCUAUGUCAAGUGUGUCGGACAUGUUUUCCAAUUCCUUCACGACUUUAUUAUGGAGAUAACGACUCUGGUGUUUGGUGUUGAUUGUCCACAAGAGACAAUACAGUACGCAGACAGUGGUUUUCUGAGACGACGGGUGAGGAUAGAAGACGACACAGAAGAGGAAGAUCGCGACCCCUUUACUGUUUACCUUCCUGAAGAGUACAUUGGUGAUCUUGUGGACAGGUUUAUUAUUGACAUGCAAACAGAACACCUUAUAGAUGUUGUUCUUAACCAAUGUUUAAGAAAUGAAAGUGUGAUUCAAGAAUUUAAGGGCAAUGUCACUUCAUUAGAAACUCUGCCAAACAUUCUUUUAGGCAUCAAAUUUUCAAUAGAUAAAUCAGAGUUAAGAACAAAACAAAUGAAUGAUUCUCAUGUAUCAAGACUUUUUUUUCUUAAUUGGAGAGGUGAAGUAUGUCCUUUAAUUGGAUUUAUAGCAUUUUGCCAUGAUGAAAUUUCUCUAUUCUUUAUGAGAAACAUAGAGAAAAAAGCAUUGCAUGAUCUUAAUGUAUUUUCUGCCGUGUGUGCUAAUGGAGGAUUAAAGUUAUUAGAUAGUCUGAGCCAUGAAUGCAAAGAAACGGCUAUUAAUGAAAUUUGGGGGUUAUUUUAUCCAAUCCACAUUGCUUCUGUUUUUCAUAACUAUGAGAUUAUUCCAGAAUUAAUCAGAUUUGGUGCUAAUGUAAAUAUGUUAAGUGCUGGAGAUAUUUGGACUCCGUUAAUUUUGGCAGCGGGGAAUGAUGAAGAACAUUUAAGAGAGGCUGGAAAGGAGACAGAAGAUGGAGAAAGACGUAAUAAAACCAUUUCUUGCUUAUUGAAAAAUGGCGCCAAAAUCAAUUUCUGUAGCGACGACGGAAAACAUCCCUUGUGGAUAGCUUGUCAAAAGGGAUAUACCAGCACGGUUCAAAUAUUACUGAACCACGGUGCCGACAUCAAUCUAUGGGAUAUGAACAAAGUCAGUCCUCUAUGGAUAGCUUGUCAAAAUGGACAUGACAGCACGAUACAAGUAUUACUAAGCAGCGGCUCAGAUAUCGAUUUAUGUGAUGAAAAUGAAAUAAGUCCUCUUCAUAUAGCUUGUGAAAAUGGACAUGAUAGCACUGCACAAUUGUUACUGAACAACGGUGCCAAAGUUAAUUUUUGCUUUGAGAAUGGGGACAUUUCCCUUCAUAUACCUUGUAAAAAUGGACAUGAUCGCACGGUACAACUGUUACUGAACAAUGGUGCCAAUGUCAAUUCAUGCAUUGAAAAUGGAGCGAGUCCUCUUCAUAUAGCUUGUCAAAAUGGACAUAAUAGCACGGUUCAGCUGUUACUGAAAAAUGGUGCAGACAUCAAUUUGUGUAAGCAGAAUGGAGCCAGUCCUCUUCAUGUAGCUUGCCAAAAUGGACAUAAUAGCACGGUUCAACUGUUAUUGAACAACAGUGCAGACAUCAAUUUAUGUAAACAGAAUGGAUCCAGUCCUCUUAAUAGAGCUUGUAAAAAUGGACAUGGUAGCACGGUACAAAUGUUAUUGAACAACGGUGCCAAUAUCAAUUUAUGUAAGCAGAACGGAGCCAGUUCUCUUCAUAUAGCUUGUCAAAAUGGACAUGAUAGCACGGUUCAACUGUUACUGAAAAAUGGUGCAGACAUCAAUUUAUGUAAGCAGAAUGGAGCCAGUCCUCUUUAUAAAGCUUGUAAAAAUGGACAUGAUAGCACGGUUCAACUGUUAUUAAACAACGGUGCAGACAUCAAUUUAUGUAAACACAAUGGAUCCAGUCCUAUUAAUAUAGCUUGUGAAAAUGAACAUGAAAGCACGGUACAAAUGCUACUGAAAAAAGGUGCCAAUAUCAAUCUAUGUGACCAAAUUGGAGUCAGUCCUCUGUGGAGAGCUUGUAAAUAUGGACACAAUAGCAUGAUACAGCUGUUAUUGAACAACGGUGCCGACAUCAAUUCAUGCACUAGUAAUAGAGAGAGUCAUCUUUAUAAAGCUUGUCAAUACGGAUAUAAUAGUGUGAUACAAAUAUUACUAAACAAUGGUGCCAAUGUCAAUUUAUGUAAUGUGGAUGGGGUUAGUCCACUAUCAAUAGCUUGUCAAGUACGACUGUUAUCUAGCGAUGAUUGGGACAGUCUUCCGCCGCAGUUUCAGAAUGAACUUGACCACAGUGUCGAAUUAUUACUAAAGAAUGGCGCCUAUGUCAAUUUGUGUGACGAAGAUGGUGUCAGUCCCUUGUGGAAAGCUUGUAAAUAUGGAAACGAUGGCAUGGUACAUCUGUUACUGAAGAACGGGGCAAACAUCAAUUUAUGUAACACGAAUGGAGUCAGUCCUCUUUAUGCAGCUUGUGAAAAUGGACAUAAUAGCACGGUGAAACUGUUACUGAAUGAUGGCGCCAAUAUCAAUUUAUGUGAUGCAUAUGAUGUCAGUCCUCUAUGGAAAGCUUCUAAAUAUGGACAUGAUAGCACGGUACAAAUGUUACUAAACAAAGGUGCAGACAUCAAUUUUUGUAAGAAGAAUGGAGUCAGUCCUCUUUAUAAAGCUUGUAAAAAUGGACAUGAUAGCACUAUGCAACUGUUACUUAAUAAUGGCGCCAAUAUCAAUUUAUGCAACAAGAAUGGAGCCAGUCCUCUUUAUGUAGCUUGCGAAAAUGGACAUGAUAGCAUCGUUAAACUCUUAUUAAACAAUGGUGCAGACAUCAAUUUAUGUGCUGAAGAUGAAUCCAGUCCUUUAUGGAUAGCUUGUAUACAUGAACGUGACAGCAUUUUCAAGCUUUUAAUGAAUAAUGGCGCUAAACUCCUAUUAAACAAUGGCAUUGAAAUUAAUCUAUGCGAUAAAAACGGAGACAAUCCUUUACACAAAGCCUGUCAAAGUGGCCAGGAUAGAACAGUUCAAUUGUUACUGAAGAACGGUGCAAAUGUGAAUUUAUGUGAUAAAGACGGUAGCAGUCCUAUUUAUAUAGCUUGUCAGGAGGGACAUGAAAUGAUAGUCCAACUCUUACUACACAAUGGCGCUGAUAUUAAUUUAUGUAAUAAUGAUGGAAAUAGUCCUCUGUAUAUUGCCUGCCUAAAUAGACAUUUAUUGAACAGUCGUGCGCAGUUUUUACUGAACAACAGCGCAGAAAUCAAAUUAUUUGAUGAAAGUUCUCCCUUCAAAGCCUGUCACAAUGGUCAUGAGAGCAUAAUCCAGCUAUUAAUUAACAAUGGAGCUGAUAUAAAUCUAUGCAAUAAAAGAAAUUGCAGUUCUCUACAUGCAGCUUGUGAAAAUGGACAUGAUAGCACAGUUAAAAUGUUACUGGUAAACGGCGCUAGAAUUAAUCAUUGUGAUAUUGAUGGAGAAUGCUCUCUCUACAAAGCCUGUCAAAGAGGGCAUAAAAUCAUAAUUCAGUCAUUAAUGAACAGUGGAGCUGAUGUAAAUUUAUGCAAUAAAAGCAAAAGCAGUCCCCUUCAUAUUGCAUGUGAGAACGGAUACAACAGCAUAGUCCAAUUGUUACUGAAGAAAGAUGCUGAAAUUAAUUUAUGUGAUAAUGAUGGAGAAAGUCCUCUCUUCAAAGCCUGUCGAAAAGGAAAUGAUAUCAUAGUUCACUUGCUCCUACGCAGUGAGGCUAAUGUAAAUUUAUGCAAUAAACACAAUUAUAGUCCUCUCCAUAUUGCUUGCCAAUAUGGACAUAACAUUAUUGUGCAACUGUUGCUGAGCAUUGGCGCCAACCCCACUUCAUGUGAUGAUGACGGAGUCAGUUCUCUCUGGAUUGCUUGUAAAAACUUACACAGAAUUACGAUUCACUUGUUAUUAGAAAAAGGUGCUGAUGUAAAUUUAUGCAAUAAAGGCAAAUGCAGCCCGCUGUUCCUGGCAUGUUUCAAUGGUCAUGACAGCAUGGUUAAACUUUUACUCAAAAAAGGAGCCGACAUCAAUUUAUGUGACGACGAGGGAACCAGUCCUCUCUACAUUGCCUGUGAAAAUGGACAUUACAGCACGGUCAAAAUUUUAUUAAUGAAUGAUGCUUGUGUCAAUUUAUGCAAAAAAGACAAUAAGAGUCCACGGUACAUAACAUACUUAUAUGGGCAUGACAGUAUCGCUGAACUUUUACAACAAUAUGGUGCUGAAAUUAUAUUCUGACGGUGGAAUCAGUACCUCCAAUACUUAAAAUAUGGAGCAAGAAAACUUUAACUAUAGCUAGCAAAGAUGAGCAUGAUGCUAUCACAAAGAAUUUAACGCAUUUAUGUAAACAAAAAUUUUACAUGAGGAGAAGCAAAUACUUGCUGUAGCCUUCAGAUCAAUAUUCAGAUAUAUUGACGUUGUAUCAUCAUUUGCCUUCAUCCAUAUGUCGACUUCCUUUAUCUUAGUGAAUUUGAAAUAGACAUCACAGAAUCUGCCACUUCUGUUUCAUAUUGGAUGUUUCGUGAAAUUCUUUUGUCGUUAUCAUGCUUUUUUGGCAAAUAUAACCUUUCAUCGGGUCUUAUUUUGGCAUACAUAUUUUAUUCCAGUUGAUGGGCUUUUGACUUUUGUUUUGUACUUACUAGUAUUUUUUACCAAAGGAGCGUUACCUAUAUUUAUCUGAUCAAUACAUGAGCGAGAGUGACCGAUCAAAAGGGGAUAUUUACUGAUCUUUGGCAUCUGAUUCCACCAUUGGAGUUCUUGGGGUUUGUGUUUUAUGUCCUAUAUACAGAUAUUUAUUGUUGACAAAAAUUUUGUAGAUAAAUGAUUUUUUUUUUAUAAUUUAUUUUGUUUCUCUUGAUUACUGUUAAUCGCUAAAUUAUCUUUGACCACUUAUUUCCACGAGAUGGAUACUUUGUAUUUUAAAGCGAGAUAGACGCAAAAAUAAAAUUCUCUUAAAUAAAAAAGCAAUUUAAACUAAUUCAUUAAGUUUACUUACACUAAAAUGUCAUUGAGCUGUCUUUUAAUUGUACAACUUUUAUUUAUGUAAAAAGUAUUUAAAGGAUUUACUAAAAGUUCAGUCUCUUGAAAUUUGUUAUUUCAAGAGAACAAACUCUUGGGGUCACAUAAACCUCUUGUAUUACUGGCAGCAAUAAAUCUGUUAUUUGAUAUAGAUUAAUGAAAUUGUUCUGCAUUUCAGAAGGAAUUAUUUUGCUAUGUGGGAUUGUUUUUAUUAUUCAUUGAAUGUAAAUGAGGACUUUAGAUGACUAGAAAAGAUAGUUGAUGGGUCUUUACAGCACGCUCUUAUAUACUGUGGAUUCAUCAAAAUUCGUUGGAGCAAAUUUUUUGUCGAUUGUAUAAAAAUUAUAGGUAAGGGGGGUUAAAUUUCACGUAUUGCCUAAUGUAUACACAUCUUAAGAGAUGUGUGCAUUAAGCUCCUGUAGAUCAAUUCGUGGAUGAAGCUACACAUGAACGCAAAAAAUCUUCGAAAUAAAAUAUUACAUAACAAAAACAUUUUUUUGUAAAUACAUGUCAAGGGCUUUUGUCUUUGUCUUUGUUUCCUUUUAUAUAAUAGCACGAGUUGCAAUUAAAUUUAAAAUUUUAAAACUAUGCAAUAAAUGUAGCAUAAGUUAUCGUGAAAUAUACAAAUUUUGUUUUUGU